GAACUAUAUUUAUUAUUAGUCAAUGCUAUAAAUUUUAUAUCAUCAUUGACUAAAGAUAGAUGCCCACAUAUAUAUAAUUCUAGAAUAUUAUUUAAUUGUUCUUUCUGAAUAUUUAUUUGAUUUGUGAAUUUAAAUAAAUUUUAAAAUGAUUGUGAUUUCAAGCCUAUUAAAAUGAGCUUUAGAGUGCAGCAUUUACUGUUUUGAUACGGAAAGUUCGUCAAUUUAGUUUUGAAUUGAAAAUAUAUACGUAUAUAAAAAUGAUUUUGUCCACUUUACAACUUGCAACAGGAUCCUUAACAAAAAGUAUGAUUGUGUUUAGUAAAAAUUGUACGAUAUUAUCUUAUUUGAAGUACACUAGUUUUCGAAAUAUUCAUAUAACCUCAAAUAUAAUGAAACAAUUUCGAAUGGGAAGUCAGAAAAUAAGAGUUACAGAAGAAAAACAUGUAGUCAUGGAUGGAGAAGACAUAGUCACUAUUUCUGACUCAGAUUUAAAGAAAUUAUUUCCUGAUGCUUCUACGCCAUAUCAAAUGUUUGAUGGAAAACCAUAUAAUCAGCUAGAUAUUGUUAAUGUAAAGUCAACUCCUAACAACACAAUAAUGUCCCUUACUGAUUAUAAAGGAAAGGGAAUAAUGUUACAUUCAGCUGGAAUUGAAGGUUUUAAAAAUACAAGAAAGGGUACUAACAUUGCAGCACAACAAACCGCAGUUACAUUUGGAAAAGGUGCCAUAAAAGGAUUUCAGCUAGCAGGUGUAAAUGUUAUUUCUAUCACAGAUGAUACUAGAAUAUCAUACAAUCCUCCAAGACCAAGGAAACAAAGAAGAAUAUAAUUUAUAAAAUAUAUUAUGAUGUAUUGAAUAGAUGAAUUUACAUUAAAAUGUAAAAUUUUGUACAGAAUUACGCGAUUAAUUAUAUGAUUAAGUUACAAUACUUUCGUGGCAGAGUGCUUAUAAUAUAUUAUUUUCUAUAUAAUAAUUAAAAUAUAAAUAUUGACUAGAUAAAAAGACGAAUCUCGUAAAUUGUUUAUAUUUUACAAUAAUGACUAACUUUGUUCUAUAAGCAAUAAUUCAUUGCUAUCGAUAAAACAUAUAUUACAAGUGAUAUUUUACACUUUAUAUUAGUUUUCAUUAUUUAUCUUUCAAAGUAAUCUUCCAAGAACUUAAGAAUCUCUAAUAAAGCUAGUUCAGACAUUGGUUUCUAUGUUUUAAACUUCUUAAAAAAAAUUCUAUGACACUUAAUUCUUUUUAAGUACAUUCACAGAAAAUGCCUACGAUACAUAGUCUUGUGUACGAAAUGAAGCGAAUGAGAUCUUCAAUUUCAUUUCAUCAUAGUACAUGUUGCGUGAUCCAGGAUAUGUAUUCUGAAACUCGAGUGUACACACCCGGAAGUCGCGGUCGAGCGCAUCCAACUCCUGAUGAGACCACUCCUACGACCAUCACAUUAUUAGGCUGAUUUCCGAUCAUCAAAGGUCCGCCACUAUCAGCCUAGAAGAGGAUACAUACAUAUCAUAUAUUUUUACGGAAAAUCCAAAUAGUAGAACUUAUUUUUUUCCAAAUUCAUAAUAUCAGAUUAAUAUUUAUUAUAAUUCACAUUUUUUUAAAUAUAAACAUAGGUUUUAUUUUACUCAUGCGGGACAUUUUAAUAAUCUAAUAAUAUUUAAUCUCUGAUGAACAAGCAAAAAAGUACAAUGGACUUUUCAAACAUCUGGUUUGAUAUUGCACUUUAAAUUAAAAUAUUAUAAGAAUUUUUCUGCGAAACUAACAAUUCUGAUUUGUACUCAUUUGCUUGCCAACUAAAGAAAUAUAAAUAUAACAAUAAUUAUAUUUUAUAAUCAUUGU